AUGCCUCCCUUCGCUGCAUUGCCUGUCGAGCUCGUCCGUGAUAUACUCGAGCUCGCCGCCGAGGGCGACUUGGCGACCUCUACCACUCUCACGCGCGUGAACCGUGCAGUCAAAUCAUGGAUUGAGCCAGCACUUUACGAGACAGUCGUACUCGAGUCUGCAUCUGCUCUAUCCUCCUUCUCCGCCGUACUCGAACAACGACCACGCCUCGCCGCGCACGUCAAACACCUCGGCCUCAUCGCGCCAGGCCCUAUACCCACCGUACACCGCAUACUGCACGCAUGUGCCCGCGUACCGAGUCUGGCAUGCGGCUUCUCGCUGCCCUCGUACGCCACUCAAUUCGCCGGUGAACCGCCCCUUGCCCUCGCCGCGCGCGAGCAGCACCUCCUCAUGUCCGCCUGCCGCGACGGCCGCUGGGACUCCGCGCUCGCGUCGCCCUACACAACACACCUGCGUCUACACAUAGACGCCGAGAGCUGGGACGUGCUAUCUCCCGCACGGUUGGCUGCCUGGCCAGCGCUGACACAUUUCGCUGUCGUGCUAUCACCCUGUACGCCGAUACCGAGCGCACCAGACGACAUCCCCGACGCCCUACUUUCGUUCCUCCGCGUAUUGGACGAACUUCCGCUACAAGUCCUCCUCGUCCAAGUCGCCGGCGGAAAGACGCGGAAACGGAGCGCGGUGCAGCGUCUCAGGGCGCUCGGGAAGGAAAACAAUGCGCGCAGGCUAGUCGUCGAGCCCGCGCCUGUUAGCACCGUGCGUCAGUGGGAGGAUACCGCGCGGAUGGGUGGCACCGGCGCGAUGUGGGAUAGUGCUGUGGCCGAGGUAGCCUCGCGCAAGGAGAACUGGGCAGCGGCGACUACGUCAUGA